GUCCACUCUGCAAAGAACUAAGACCUCCAGGGUUCCAGUUUGCUGGGCCAGGUGAUAUUUUCUGGAUAAUACAAAGGGUUGUAACUCAAAGCAAGGAUUCUCCAGAUUUUCUUCUCUUCUCUGGAUUCCUCAGAAGGACUUGAUCCUGCCCUGGUCACAGCAGGGCCCAGACUCUGGAGCCAGGCGCUUGAGAAGCACAUAUGAAUAAGGUGUGUCCAUAGCCUGCAAGAAGCUUCCGCCUGAUGACUCUUCAAAUCAAUAUUGAAACAAAACCCACACAGGCAAGACCCCAUCCACAAAUCUGCAGUCCUGCAGGUAUACUCCAAAACCUGGGCAAAAAAAAAACAAACCAGAACUAUCUGAGCCAGUAGCUGAAGCCAAUAUGUAAGUCAGACUUUGGGAAAAGGAGUGGCUGGCGUGAAGGUUCUGCCAGGGUUUGCCUGCUCCUCGGGGACAUCUGGCUUUCUGGUGGUGCCACCUGGCGCCCCCUGACGAGCUAUAAUUGCUGCGCUGAGUCCUGUUGCUGCCAUUCUCGUGGCGGAGGCAUCUGGGGUUCCAGGCGGGCAGCAGCUGCAGGCUGAUUGCCUGGCUCGCGGGAUGGACUGGCCAUACAACCUGCUGUUCCUUCUCACCAUUUCCAUCUUCCUGGGGCUGGGCCAGCCCAGGAACCCCAAAGGCAAGAGAAAGGGGCCAGGGCGGCCUGGGACCCUGGCCCCUGGGCCUCACCAGUUGCCGCUGGACCUGGUGUCCCGGGCAAAGCCCUAUGCCCGCAUGGAGGAAUAUGAGAGGAACCUGGCGGAGAUGGUGGCCCAGCUGAGGAACAGCUCCGAGCCGGCCAGGAGGAAGUGUGAGGUCAACCUGCAGCUGUGGCUGUCCAACAAGAGGAGCCUGUCACCCUGGGGCUACAGCAUCAACCAUGACCCCAGCCGCAUUCCUGCAGACCUGCCGGAGGCGCGGUGCUUGUGUCUGGGCUGCGUGAACCCCUUCACCAUGCAGGAGGACCGCAGCAUGGUGAGCGUGCCCGUGUUCAGCCAGGUGCCUGUGCGUCGCCGCCUCUGCCCGCUGCCGCCACGCACCGGGCCCUGCCGCCAGCGCGCGGUCAUGGAGACCAUCGCCGUGGGCUGCACCUGCAUCUUCUGAGACAGCCCUCCCCGCACCCCCUUGCCGAGCAAGGCGAUGAAAAGUAAAGGCUGUCUUUUGUAAAGCAA